AAAUAUUAAAUAAAUUAAAAAAAAUUUUAAAUAAAAUAAAAAAUCAUGGAAGUCGAUAUUAAGUUAAACUUACCCUUAAAAUAAGUCCUAUCCUCUCUUGAAAAUUCAAUCUUAAAAUAGAUAUAAUUAUCUGAAAAUAGCAUUGAUAUUUAAUCUUUAAGGGAUGCUGUAGCUUAGUUUUAAAAAAAUGUAUAGGAUCAAAUAGAAUAAUUUAGUUAAAAUGGUAGCUUUAAGACCUCUGAUGGUAUGUCUUAGUUAAAAGAUUCUACUACAAAAAAUUUCUCAAAUAACUUAUUGACUGGCAAUAAUAGUCAAUAAAAAUAGAUUUAAGAUAGUUAUUAUCACAGGUAGUUAUUAAAAAGAUCAAAAAACAAUGAAAGUGAAUCUGAUUUUUAUUAAAAAUCUGAUGACAAUUCUUCAAAUUCCAAUGAUGAUAACGAUGACAGCGAAGGUUUCAGCUCUAAGUACAAUAUUUUAUCACCUAAAGACAAAUAAUAUAUCACCGAGUUUUUCAAAAGGCAUUAUGAUCCUAGUAAGAGAAAUAAGAUGAAACUGGUUUAAGCUUGCUAAAAACGCAUAAACUAAUCAUUUAAUUCAAUAUAUUCUAUGAUUACAUAUCUUAUGAAAAGAUAUAAGUAAAAAAAUAGAAACAGAUCUAGCCAGAGAUAACUUGAUAGCAACAAUAAACAACAAUAUUAAGGAAAAUAGUAACAGCAAGAUACUUCUGAUGAUAUUGAAGACGAAUAUAUUAAUACAGGCCUAAAUUUUUCUUUAAAUUAAGAAAAAGAAAAUGAUUUAAUAGAUGAAGAGUCUAUUAACAAUCUGAUAACAAAAUAUGAAUUCAUAAAUGAAAAAUACGAUAGCAAUAAUUUUUCAAGGUAAGAAUAUUCAAACAGCAAAAACUAUGAGACUAGAUAAUCAAGCAAUCCCUAAAAAUUUAGAGAGAACUAUCAAUCCAACUAAAAUUUUGAGUAAGUUAGAAAUAACACAAAUGGUAAAUCUUAUAAAAUGGAAGAAAAUCAACAAAUGCUUAAUAGACAGCUAUAAAGCAGAGAAUAAAAUGGGUAAAGCAAAAGUAAUUAUAAUGAUUAAAGAGAUGUUGCAUAUAAUAGCUAUGAUGAAAGUUUUGAUAAUGACUUAGAUUAAAAAUUAAGCAAGAAGUAUAAUUGA